GGUGCAUGAUGGAAGGCUUUAUUUUGAGAGGUUCUUUAAAGGAAAUGAAUGUUGAAUGUCUUUCCAGACGCUGACGAGUGACCAAGUGGUGGCAACAUUGAUGGAGGUUGCUCAGAAGGUGGAGCUCAUCCUGAAGGAUCCCCGGGACAGCCUUGUUGUGCUGAGUGGCUGUGGGACUUCUGGUCGACUGGCUUUCCUCGUCACGUCAGCUUUCAACAGAGCGCUGGAGGAGCUGAACCGGAGUCCGGUUUACUCCUACACCAUUGCAGGGGGAGACAGAGCUCUGUUUUCCUCCCAGGAGGCUCCUGAGGACGAUCCCAAAAUGGGCAUGCUCAGUCUGAAGGAGAUCUGUGAGGGAAAGAAGCGUGUCUUAUUCCUUGGUAUUUCCUGUGGUUUAUCCGCUCCAUUUGUGGCCGGUCAGCUGGAGCUCUGCCUGCAGCACCCUGACGUCUACACCCCUGUUCUGCUGGGCUUCAAUCCCACACAUCAGGCCAGGGACGAGCCCAUCCCAGGCUGCACCUUCACUUUCCGCAGCGUGGUGCAAAGGAUGGAGGCGCUCGCUAAAAGUCAAAAGGCCUUCAUCAUCAACCCAGCAGUCGGGCCGGAGGCCAUCAGCGGCUCCUCCAGGAUGAAAGGAGGCAGCGCUACUAAGAUCCUCCUGGAGGUGGUGCUGUCUGCUGCUCACGCUGCAGCCUUCACACACACACCCGUCACUCAGCAGGCAAUCCUGCAGCACAUGAGAGCGUACAAGGAAACUCUGGAAAUCCCCUACGCUCACAGAGAGGGGAUGAGCGCUCUGUUGGAGGCCGCUGGAAAGAGUCUGCAGCGUGGUAGGCGUGUGUGUUACCUGGGCUGGGGGUCCCUUGGCGUGCUCGCUCUCAUCGACGCCAGCGAGUGUGUGCCAACAUUUGGAGCAGACUACGAAGAUGUCCGGGGCUUCAUCAGCCGAGGGUACAACGAGCUGAGGAACAAUGAGGGACCACUGGGUCCUGACUUUCCAUUAUCACAUGAGGAUUUCUUGCAUGUAGUUCUGCCCUCUCUGGAUGACCACGACAUGGUUCUUCUCAUCUACACACAGACUGAUGAUGUCCGUGACGUGGAGAUGUUGGCGAGAAGAGUGAGAGAAAAGACGUCCAACCUGCAUGCUGUUUAUCAUCGAGUGGAGGGAGACACUGCAGUUCAACAAGACGACAUCAAUCAGCUGUGUUUAUCCUCACUAAGAAUCACUUGGCCAUCACCUGCUUCAGACUUACUUCAAAUGCAGUGGGAGCUGUGCACUAAGCUGCUGCUGAACGGGCUGAGCACCGGCGCUCACGUCUUAAAGGGGAAAAUCUACAAGAACCACAUGAUGGACCUGCAGGUCACAAACAGCAAGCUCUACUGCAGAGCCACUCGUCUCCUGCAGAAACUGUCAGGCCUUCCCGAGUCAAAAUGUGAGGAGGCUCUCCUGAAGGCCGUCUACAGAGUGGACCAUCUGACCGGUGACAUCACAUCCUCUGACGUCAGCGCACACACACACACUGCCAGAACCAGGAGCAAGGUGGUGCCUCUGGCUUUAGUCUGUUUGCUGACUGGUUGCUCUGUGGCGGAGGCGGGGCUUCGUUUGGAGCAACAACCAAUCAUAAGGGAUGCUGUGGAGGCUUGUCUGUCAUAAUUUAUAGCUCACAGAUUUUAAAAAUAUAGUUAGAGUUAUUAAGACACUUCAGUCAAAGGUCAUCUUUUAUUGGUUCCUGAUUUGAUUGAGAAGCUAAAAUCAUUUUGACACCUGCCUCAUGCAAUACCAUGUUAUACCACAAAGGGGCGGCAUUGACACCUCAGCACACUCAACAACCUGCAAAUGAAGCUUCAAUUUAUACUGAAACAGGUUCUAAAUAUGUAGGCAGAUGUUAAGAUAUAGUGUGCGAAAUAAAAUCAGACAAAUGUAGUGAUUAAAAUUCAAUUAAAUGCACUUUUUAUGAUUGGCAUGCAGAGAAAUCAUACUUCUCCUGGUGUGUUAUAUGAAAAUAA